AACACGCAGACGUUAAAGUCGUUACCAAAAGUGCGCGACGGCGCUUGAGUUUAGGGGAAAAAAUUUGUUGUGUGUAAGAAGUGAAAAACGCGACGUGCAUAGGAGAGUAACUUAAACAUUUUGAUGAUGAAUUCAAUGACCUGAAAAAGAAGUAAAGAGACGAAGACGACUAACAAAAAAAACAACGCCAAUCACUUUCACAAGAGUCGUCGUCGUCGUCGAGGGAGCGCCUUUUGUGGGGGCGCAUUGAUUACAUUUUCAUAAUCAAAAAAAAAAAAAAAAGAAAAGAAAAACGAAAACACAACAAUAAUAUAAUAGACAAGAGUCAGCCCAUGGUUUCAAUGAAAAUCGCAUAAUGUCAGCAGCAGCAACUGAAUCGUGUGGAGCACGCGAUUCAAACGGCGCUGAGGCUGAAACUGAAACUGAAGCAGAGGCGUUGGAUAAACUGCUGGAACUGGAACUGGAUCUGAAGGCGGUGUCCGACGACCCCAAAACGCAAACAAACACGGAGGCGUCCAUCGAUUCGGAGGUCGCAGCAGCAGCAGCAACGGCAGCAGCUGCUGGUCCAGUUUUCCAAAUGGCCAGCAAUGUGCAUGUUGAUGGGGAUGUGGUGGAUGUCGAUGAGUUUGACUCUGUAAUGCCAGAUGCUUGUGACCAACAUAAGCAAAACGAACAAUUGCAUUUGCAGUCGUCACUGGAGCCCAUCUCCCUUGAUGAUAUACCCGAGCCUAUUAAAGUUCUGGAUGAGAUAAUAUCCGAAUUUGAAGAAGCAACAACGAAACCGGUGGCAUUGCAUAGCAAUAGUGGUGAAAAUCAAUCAGAAGAUGAUGGCUACAUGAGUCUGAGUCGCAAAAACAUGUCCAAGAAAGACUCGGAAGAUGUUCCGCAGACACCCAGCACAGACACCGUACCCGAAGGCAGUUUCAAUGAAGUCGACGGCACAGCCGAAAAUCUAACGAAAUUAUCAUCCGAGGCGGAGCAUGGUCAGGAAACAAGGGAAACAACAACGACGCCGCUUAUACAGACAACGCUGCCCAAGGCACGUAGUGCCAACUCGACGCCAGCCACCAACUCAAACUACUCGAGUCUACCGUGCUGUGGGGCAAGGGCCUCAUCCAAUUUGGUUGGCACUUCCGUGGCAAAUUCCUCUAGUGGAUUGGAGGCCAACAAUCAUCGCACCGGCAGCUGCAAUGGCAGUGGUGAACGAAAUGCACUGGGCAUUGAUAUUAGUGCUGUGCAUAAUGCUGUGUUACGUGGCAACCUGGCCAAAUUGCCUGAACCUAUCGUAAAUGAACAUCCGGUUACCAUUUAUCCGGGUCCAUCGGCCAAAGCAGGCGGUGGCAACGGUGGCGGCGAGGGCGCACGUAGUAAACGUUUAUUGAAUUCGGUUGAAAAACACAAGGAAGUUUGUCACAUGUUGAAUCCACAUUCCAAUAGCACGUCAACAUCAUCGGCAUCGGCAUCGUCUGGGUCUGGGUCUGGGUCUGGCUCUGGUUCGAGUAGUGAGGCAUCGCCAUCGGCCUCCAAUUUGAAUGUGGGAAAAUUGGGUAAAAAGGAUGAUGACUACUCGGAAGACUCGCUGGAAGAGUCAACCAUUUCCACAGAUCUAACACCAGUCAAACAGAAUGGUGUUGCCUGGGAAAUACAUUUCAAGAGCAAUAAAAAGAAAUCAUCCGGUUCAAAAAAGACAUCCGGUGCAUCAAACAAAAAGCAUCAGCAACAACAACAACAACAACGUUCCAGCAAUCAAUUGGCCGACUUUAACAAUAGUUUCGUCUACAACGAGCAGAGUAUGCUGGGCAAGGGAACUUUUGUUAUACGCCGCUCCACGGCCAAGAAACCGCCGCGUGCUGCUGAAAUUUUUAGUAUACCAAAACCACCGCGUACAUCGUUAAGCGGGGGGAUUGGUGGCGGAGCUGGAGCCAUAAGCAAUGAGUUCUAUACCAGCGACAGUGAACAAAGCGAAUCUGCAUCUCUGCCACCAGCACCGGCACCUGCUCCUGCACCACAACAACCACAAGCACAGCCAUCGACGGCUCCGUCCGAGAUGAAUUUCAUUUACAAGGAAUGCGAAGCUGCUGCAGCUCAUACCAGACGCGGCUUGGAAAUAGCCGCUGCUCAUCGUGCUGCUCUCUCGCUGGACAUAGCCGAGGCACCCGAUCAGUUUGCUCACAAUAAACCCAUCAAAAGCAAAACGGCCAUGUUAACCGAAAAACGUUUGAGUGCCGAAUCCAUGCCGGACAAUACAUCGAGCAGCGAAGAGUUUGAUGAGACACGUUUGAAUGGAAACAGUGGCUACGAUAUGUAUGCAUAUAAUGCAAAUGAUCAACGUGUUUCGAAUGCCACAACGCCUCACACCGAUUUGGCACCCACUUUGGAAGAGGACGAAGAGUUAUCCGAUUUUAGUUACGGCUGUGCCCCACUCAAACAGAUCGAGCAUAACAUCAGCGCCCUGUUACGCGGUGAUCUGCCCAUUGUGGGUCAACAGGCAACGGGCAUAAGUAAUGGAGUGGGUGCCGCUGCAGUUGGUGCCUCUUCUGCUGCAGCAGAAGCUUUGCAUGCCAAGCGAGUGCUUGAAUUUCGACCUGGUGUGCACAAAUCCGAGAGUGCCAAAGAGAUGUUGUUAUCUCAGUUGCCCGCUUUGGGACCUUUGCCACCAUCGCCACCCAGUUCCAAUCCGGAUAUGUUUGAUUACGACGCUCCGUUGCCGCCGUCGCCGGUGGAGCCACGCAAGCAACUGGAACUGCCAGCAACGGCUGCUUCUGCAGCGCCACCCAAUCGUGGCACCACUGUGGUAGAGGUGCAUGCCACUGCAUCGGGAGCUGCUGUCCAUAGCAAUAGCCAUACGCGCCGUAGCCGGGAUAAUGUGGCUGCAGUACGUCAUUUCACUGAUGAGCUACCCCCGCCACCGGCACCGGCCCAUCAAUCAGCCAGCUUUGCCGAGGGUCUUACCGGAGUUCCCAUUGUUCCGCCACAUCGUGGCAGCGGUGCUGCUGGUGCCAAUACAAUGAAGUCUUGGAGCAUUGACUCACAAUACCGCAAACGAUCACCGAAACUAUUCGGACACUAUAGCAGUGGCAGUGGCAUAACCACACCCACUGGCCUGGGACAGAUGCCACCGUUACCACCGCCCCCAGUGCCCCAUAUGGGUACAAUUGGAUCGUGUGGCGAAGGCGCCACCGGUUCCUAUCAACGCAGGUACAUCAACUAUGGCACCAAACGCAGUUUGAAACAAUCGCCGCGUGAAGAGCAUCGCCUGCAAACCUCAUGUAGUCUUCCUGAAACGCCAAUCUUUGCCAGAGGCUGUGACAUACCACGUACGCCAUAUCGACGCCAAAAUGAGCCUGUGCCAGUGAGUGGCUCACGAACAGCUCCAAGAUCCAGUACAUCGAAUAGCAUUAAUAUGGGCACUUCCAUUUUGGGAAUUGGUGGUGGCAAUUAUGGCACUGCCCAGAUCUGUCGCCAACGUUCGAUCAAUCAUGCCUUGGCCUCGAAUGAGAUGUUACGUAUGACUGGUGCACCGGCACGUGGUUGGUAUCCGAAACAACGUGGCUUACGUCCCGCAUCGACCGAAAAUAUUGAUCGUUUGGCCUCUGUUCGUGUCUGGGACAAUCCGGCUGGUAUGUCCGGUACAGGACAAUCGCGAAAACCUCUAACAUUGCCACCAAAUUUAACGCCAUCAUUUUUAAAUAAAUCACCCCGCGAGGCAUUGCGUCGUGUCACCAGUUUGCUUAUUACCAAGAAGAAGAACAAUAAGGAGCGCAAGCAUAAGGCAUAUUGCGAUCAACCCAUGGAUGAUAAUAAUAGCAAGCAUGCCUAUGAAUUUGAAACGGGUUCAACUAAACGCAAGGAUAAUGCCAGUCGUAAGGAUAAUGGAGCUACACCCAAAACUAAAAAGAAAGGUCUAUUUAAAUCUCUAUGGAAACGCACGAAAACUGCCUCGCUGGAUCAAUAGAGGAAUAUCUAAAACACAAGAAAACCAAAACUCGAAGCAAGCCUAAUCACUGCCCCCACUCCUCGUCCCUAACACCAUAUAUUUAUAUAUAUAUAUAUAGUAUAUAGUUAUAUACACUAUAUAAAGACGAUGAUAAUAAUCGUGCACUUCAAUGUA